AUGGUGCCCCCUGCAGAUGUGCGCCGUAGCCCCGCAGCAACUCGGAAACCCUCUGUGGAGGCAGCUCCCCGCAGCGCCCCCUUAAAUGGGCGGCCCCAUGUAGAUACAACUUCCUGUACAGCCCUCACUGCUGGGGGCCCCCCAUCCCUCGAUAGACCCGCUGCUUCGCAGUUGACACUGUGGGCGCAGGCGGGGCUGUCUGCUGUCUCUGGACUUGUGCCGUCUUCUCUUCCCCUUCUGCCUCCGCAGGGGCCCCUCAAGCCUCCCAUCAGCAGCAUUGGGGCCCCAGGUGGGGCCUCCGGCAACAUCAGUUACUGUGAAACAAAGAACGCGCAACAAACCACAACACGCACCCGACCGAACUUCUCUGCCCUCCCCUGGGCCCCUCCAUUCAGAAGCUCCAAAAGGCGCCUCUGGUCUUCCCCAGGCUCACUACGCUCCCAGCACGGGACAUCACGCCCUCUCCUGGGGCCGUCAGGGCCUCCCUCCCGCGGGACCCACGACCCUAUGAGGAUGAUGGGGCCCCCACAGGCUUGCAGAUUGAAAGGGUUGGGCCUGCAGGGGUCGAAGCUGCAGCACCGGGCGAGUGCUGGGGACCUCCUCUUGCUCCAGCAGCAGCAACAGCGGCAGCAGAAAGGGCUUGCAGGCGUGCGCCGAGAGGCUUCCUGGGGGCAUUUCUUUCGAGGCCCCAGAAAAAUAGAAGAAAGAAGAGGAAACACACAGAGUCCAGACAUCCGAGUGCCGGUUGCCUCCUGGAGCCUCCUCACAGUCUUCAAUUUCUCUGGGGCAGCGAAAGCACCAGCAGAAGCAGCAGCUACUGCUGCUAAUGAUGCAGCAGCAGCAGACGCAAAGAAGAGCCUUUACUCAUCAGACGCUAAAACUCCAGGAGAAUGUGCAGCAGCAGCAGCAGCAACUCUAGUGGCCGCAAGGGAAACUGACGGGGCAGCUGCUGCAGUUUCAGCUGUCUCCGCACUACCAAGGGAGACGCCUCAGCAGCAGCAUGAAGAAGAAAUGUGGGGGUCGCUUGAUGGCCACGCAAUGUUGAAUGUGCCGAGACCUGAAGAGGCUGCCUGCGCUGCACUCGAAGCCGCAGCUACUGCUGCGGACUCCUUGUCAGCCUUUGUACCACGCCUAAAUAUUGCUGCAGUUUCAGCACCACCUGCUGCUGCUGCUGUUGCUAAGGGGAAAGCUAAGCCCGGCACAGUGUCUGAGACAACGGGAAAAGCUGCAAGGCUUACAAGGGCAGCGAAACCGCACGGACAAGCAGCACCAGCAGAAGAAACAUCGACAGCAACAGCAGCAGCUCCAGCACCCGUAGCAGCAGCGGCAGCAACGGCAAGAACCCAUACCAUGCCGACUGCUGCUCUUUCACCUUCACAGGCAGAUUCAGCAGCACCGGAAGCAGACAAGGGAGAACAAGCAGAAGCAACAGAAGCAACCGAGGCAGUAGCAACAGCAGCGGCAGCAGCACUUGCAGCAACAACAGCAUCAGCAACACCAGCUACUGUAGACGGUGGCUGUACGCGCAUCCCGCACCCUGCUGACUCUCCUCCUGAUUCUUCACGCGUUGUGCCUCCCCUCAUGUGGAAGGGCAUCCCUGUAUCUGACUGGGCCCCCGAAAAGCUGUGCAACAGCAGCAGACUGAACAGCAGCAGACUCAGCAGCAGCAGACUCAGCAACAGCAGCACCAGCUGGUGGGGCCCCUUGGCUUCCCUGUCUCGGCGCCGGUGGGCAGUGUUUGAUAUGCCGAGGCCCCUAAGGCUGAAGAUCGUGACCAUAGGGCCCCCAUGCAGCGGCAAAAGUUGCUUGGUGCGGCGUUUCUGCGAGCGGCGUUUCGCUGGAAGCCAUCCGGGGGCCCCCGAGUGCGGUGGGGGCCCCCCGAAGCGGGGCCCUCAAGCGGCACGCACUAUAGGGCUGGACUUUGGCUUGCGAGACGUUCAGCUUCCGACGGAGGAGACCGUUCGUCUUCAUUUUUUCGACAUCUCAGGAGAUCCACAAUAUUCAGAAGCUGUUGAAGGGGCCGCUGAGGGUUGUGAUGUGCUGCUGGUUGUCUUUGAUGCUGCGGAGCCGAAUUCGUUGCGUGCAGCUGCCGAGACACUUGAAAGAAUACGAGCAACCGCAAACAGUGCGCUGGAGGCACUGAGAGCCUCUAUUCUUUCUCGCCUUUGCUCCCUAAGAACACAAAGGCCUUCCCUAACCCUCCUUUGCCUCGACUGCUGCUGCGUUUGCUUACGCAUCAGCUAUGCAGCUGCACAAGCAGCAGCAACACAACACAGCACAAGCGACAGCAACAGACUCACCGAUGCAGCCGCAAUGCUCGCACCCAAAGAGUAA